CGAUAAACCACACGCCAAAUCAUCUCCAAAUUCAACAAAAAUGAUCUGCAUGACUGCAUCAUCAAACCUCUCUAAGCUAAUUCGGUGACUCAGGUUCUUGGAAUGACUUAUAAUUUGGGAUGGAGCGAGUAAAAUUCAGCACUCGACAUAAUGCAGCGUGCAAGAAGAGAAGCGCUGAAGCAGCAAACGCCGUGAUCUCCACACCACAGACCGUGGUACCCAUGCCGAUCAUCGGUGGCGGCAGGGGCGAGCGCGAGCCGUCGCGGUCCGCGUCAGCCAUCGUCGCCGCCAGCACCGAGAGCGGGCAGCACCUGCUGAAGAUCGACGGCUACUCCGGCACCAAGGAUGUCCCGACCGGCAGCCACAUCAAGUCCCGAUCGUUCCGCGUCGGCGGCCACCGCUGGCACAUCUGCUAUUACCCCAACGGCUGCAACUCCACUUGCUCCGACUUCAUAUCCAUCUUCCUCAAGCUCGACCUCGACGACCACAAUGUCAAUGUCGCCCAUGGCCAUGGCGUCAGAGCACGGUUCACCUUCAGCUUGCUUGACUAUGGAGAGAAGAAGCCAGUGCCACACUACACCUUCAGUGCCGAGCAUACCUUCCGUGACGACGACCGUGGAUUCCGGACUUUCAUCAGGAGGGACGAGCUGGAGAAAUCCGAGCAUCUCAAGCACGACCGCUUCACGAUCAGGUGUGAUUUGACGGUCGCCGCCACGGGGGAGAUUCAGACGAUGGACCUUAGCAGCCAAGUUCCCGGAACAUAGGGUACGUGGUACGGGAACGUGGUACGCGGUACGACAUUCUCAUAAACUAUGGAACGUAGGGGGUAUAUAGCUUCGUCUCGUUCCUUUAAGUUGCGGAACGCGUUCCACUUUCUAAAGGAACGUGUUUUGUGACGUAGUGGUUGGCUCAGGUAGUUUUACGUGUUGCUUUGAACCAAAUGAGUUCGAUUCCUAGCGUGAUAUAAUUUACUAUUGUAUUUUUGUUUCA